AUGGAGUCACCACCAGAAAAUGUCUCCAAGCCAGUGGUACCUCCCGACACGGCCGAGAGCCGCACGCUACAAUUUGAUUUCACCUGGAGAAAGUUCAAAGGCCUGAUCAGCGAGGUCAACGACCCAGAGGCCAAACCGCUCUACAUUGUCAGCUGGCAUGCGUUCAAAAGACCACAAAUGAGGUUCAAAUCUCCCACUACUGCUGCUGCACCUGCUGCUGCUGUUACUACUACCGAUGACGACGACGACGAAGAUGCAGCAUACAUGGGCUCGGGCACUUUUCACAACUUCUCGAUCAAUGCAGACUACGAGGUGCGCGGACGGAGUGGCACGCUCACGGCACAGAAACGGUUCAAAACCGUGUACACGUACCCGUCGUACGCAUUUUCCGACACGGACCAGGCCGUGACGAUGACCUGGACGAGCAGCAGCGGGUUCAAGACGUGGGACUUUGUCUGCAUGGACGAGCAGCAGAUGCCCGUGGCGCGGUUCUCGGCGAACGUCUGGGGAUUGAAGAAACUGGGUCUGAUCGAUUUCAUGGGCCCGCAUGCGAUGAGUGACGCGGUGCGGGAUGAGAUUGUGGUGACUGGAUUGACGCUGUUUUACUGCAUGGUGCUCCGGUCGUCUAGCAUCACUUCCUUCUUUGCUGCUGCUUUCUCCCAACCAUCGAGGUGA